AUGUCAUUCGCUGCCCUGAACCUCAAACUAUACUACGCUGGCAUGAACUUCGUCCUGCUCGAGCGGAGGACAAACAUCAUCGAGGACUUCGGCGCGAGCUUGGUGCUCUCGCCCCCGAGCCUGCGCAUCCUUUACCAUUUCGGCAUUUUCGACAAAGUCGCCGAGAUGAGCGCUGAGCUGUUCGACAACAAGAAAGGCCUUCACAAUGGACGGACAUGUGUUCAAGUCUACCAGGUUGUUGUUCGACGUCUUACUUCAACAGUGCGUUUCCCUUCUUCAUCGCAUCCCGGUGGCUUGGCUUGGCUCCCGGGCAUCCACGGCUCGAGCAUUCGCAAGUUCCACAGGGCGCAUCUCAUCCAGACAACGUACAAAAACGACCGCCAAGGCGCGCUAUCAUACGGGAAAGAAGAUUGCGUUCAUUGGGUCUACAGAUACCGAGGCGGUGGUCACCUGUGA